AUGAAGCUCCACAGCACUCUUUCAGGCCUUCUCGCGGCCGUAGAGGCUGUGCCUCAUGAGCAGCAUCCUGGACCUGGCAAGCCGCCCAAGGACCCCCAGCAGCCUCCCAAUAUCCUAUUCAUCAUGACCGAUGAUCAGGACUUGAUGCUGAACUCGGUUGCUUACAUGCCACUGAUGCAGAAGCACAUUCGCGACAAGGGUAUCGAGUUUGCCAACCACUUUGUGACGACUGCUCUGUGCUGCCCCUCGCGUGUCAGUCUAUGGACUGGAAAGCAGGCUCACAACACGAACGUCACUGACGUGCACCCUCCAUUCGGCGGAUAUACCAAGUUCGUCUCUCAGGGAUUGAACGAGGCCUGGCUUCCCGUGUGGCUGCAGGAUGCUGGGUACAACACCUACUACACCGGCAAGCUCAUGAACGGCCACCGGUUGACCAACUACGAUUCUCCCUUCCCCAAGGGCUGGACUGGAUCCGACUUCCUGCUGGAUCCCAACACAUACUCCUACCACAACUCCACCUAUCAGCGUAAUCAGGAUCCCCCCAAGAGCUACGCGGGUCACCACACCAGUGAGGUUAUUGCCGAGAAGGCCAUGGGCUUCCUCGAGGAUGCUCUAGGCAGUGACAAGCCCUUCUUCCUUGGCGUGUCUCCCGUCGCACCUCAUACCAACAUCGAGCCUAUUGACCUUGGCCCUAAUGCUGUAAAUGGCCCCCGGAUGACCGAGCCCGUUCCACUGGAGAAGCACAUGCAUCUGUUCAAGGAUACCAAGGUGCCCCGUACUCCCAAUUUCAAUCCCACGACCGCCAGCGGAGCCAGCUAUGUCCUCGGUCUUCCUCUGCUCAACCAGACUGUCAUCGACUACCAGGACCACUUCUACCGCCAGCGCCUGCGCUCCCUACAGUCCGUUGACGAGCUCGUCGAUUCUCUCGUUCGUCGGCUUGAGGAGAGCGGCCGCGCCGACAACACUUACAUCUUCUACACUGCGGAUAACGGCUUUCACAUUGGUAACCACCGCCUGCCCCCCGGCAAGACGACCGGUUACGAGGAGGACAUCCACGUCCCCUUGUUUGUGCGUGGUCCUGGCGUUCCCAAGGGCAAGGUUGAAAGGACUGUCACCACCCACAUUGACCUGGCCCCCACCUUCCUGGAGAUUGCUGGCGUCCCUCUGCGCAAGGACUUCGACGGCACCCCAAUGCCUGUUAACAAGGAUGUGGACAACAUUGUGCACGAGCACGUCACAGUCGAAUACUGGGGCGUCCAGCUCAGUGAGGGAGAAUUUGGUAAUGUUGGGCCCAAUGAAUCCUUGGUCCAGCCUAACAACAGCUACAAGGCCACCCGUAUCGUCGGUAGUGGCUACAGCUUGUACUACUCGGUCUGGUGCACCAACGAACACGAACUGUAUGAUAUGAAGAAGGCCCCCUACCAGAUGGACAACCUUUGGGGCAAGAAGGACGACAAGAAGGCCAAGCCUUUGCUCGGCCGGGAUCUCACCGCCAUCAUCAGCCGCCUGGACGCGUUAGUUCUGGUCCUGAAGUCCUGCAAGGGCGAGACCUGCAUCAGGCCCUGGAACGUGCUCCAUCCCGAUGGAUCCGUUAGCAGCCUGCGCGAUGCGCUGGAGAAGAGGUACGAUGCAUUCUACGACGCUCAGCCCAAGGUCUCGUACUCGGCGUGCAUCGACGGUUAUCUGACCGAAUACGAGGGGCCCCAGGAGGGUCUCUUCUACCGCGACGGAUUGAGCUGGGAGGCCUGGGUUUAA